CAACGGAGGAGUGUCGUUUCGUCGACGGUGCUGUUACCACCGUUCGCUGACAGAACGCGAACCAAGUGGCACACACACUUGGGUGGUGGACGGGCACGCAGGUCUCGACGAGAAACGAUCGACCAGCGGUUUCGUCCACGAGAAGCCUUCGUCGAAAAAACGGCCGGCGGUCUUCCCCGAAGUUCGUGGCAGAACGCGACAUGUGGCCAACGUUUCGAAGCGGCUCGCGACGACUUCCUGCUAAAAAUACAUUCGCCAAGCGAUCGAGGUGUUACGACGUGGUUACAGCAACAAGGGCAGAAACCGGCGACACGUCGCAAUAGAAAGAGGGUCAACCCCCCUUUGUCUUUUUCCUCUUCGUUUUCGCCUCCAGCCAUGCCAGGUGACAAUGUGCUUCCGUCAGCCGGCCCCGCGAAUACUGAACACGGUCGCGGUAUCGUUCAGAGAAUUCACGAGACUCGAGGCGCGAGGCAGCGAUCUCCCGGUGGCUCGUCCACUCUGUGAAUCUUCCCUGUGAAAUCGCCCGCAAGGGGAACGUGCCAGCCGAAACGAUCCGAUGGGAGCCUGUCGUCGCGGUUGUUAAGUGGAUCCUCUCCUUGUAGCCAGUCAUUAUUCGAAACUCGUGGACUCGUGUGGUGAUAUUUGAAGAAAUUUAAACUCGCUGCGAAAGAAUCAACGAAGAGACAACGUUAUCGUGCGCGUUAAGUUUGAUAUAUGUAUAUGAGAAACGCACAAUACACGGUGUACAAUAAUAAUAAUAACAAUCACCGACUGUGGCUGCAAAGGAAAAUCACCAGUGUCGAAAAUUGCAAACCGGGACUUCACCGGCGUUCUGUCAAUAAUGUCGCUAAACGACCGUAGCGGUACCAUAGCUACCGUGCCAUUGUUUCUCGUCUUGUAGAAAGAAGGAAAAAAAAGAGAAGGAAAAACGCGCGAAUAUUUGACACGUGCGAUAAGCUGGAUUUCUACCUGCACAGAAACAGGAAGGCAGAACAAUCGCAACUCGUGAGCGGAGUAUGAACACCGUUGAUCAGCCAUCCAUGAAAAUGGGGGUGGUAGCCUUAAUCGGUCUGUUCGUGGUGUUCUACCAGUAUCACUUGUCCACCAGCGUCCGAUUCGAUCAAAUGGCGGACUUCAACGGGGCCGGCUCCGCGGAAGACGGCCCUGUUCUCUCCCAGGAGGAGGUGGAGCGCUAUGUAAGGACGUCGAGGCUCACGGAGGAGAUGAUCAAAAGCGCCGUGCGCAGGGUUCAAGAAAGCAACGGGCUCAGCCCGGACGUGGCGUCGACGUUGGUGCAGCAGCUGGUGAAUCACCUGAGGAGGAACGCGUUCGAGCUGCCCGAGAACAAUUCGAAGAUCACGCGACCCGCGUUCACCGGGCGACUCGAGCCCAGUCGGAACGCCACGUCGAGCCAACGCAGCCAAGAAUCGUCGUCGUCGUCGUUGGUUAGUUUGUCGGAGGGAACACCGGAACCGUUGUACAUAAUCACGCCGACGUAUCGCCGGCCGGAACAGAUACCGGAGCUCACCAGGAUGUCGCACACUCUGAUGCUGGUGAAGAACGUUCACUGGCUGGUUAUCGAGGAUGCGGCCGUUGCCACGAAACAAGUCACAAGGCUGCUGGAGCGAACAGCACUAAAGUUCGAACACCUCACCGCUCCGAUGCCUGAGAAGUACAAGCAGAAGAAGGGUGCCAAACCGCGAGGCGUGUCCAAUCGGAAUCGCGGCCUACAGUGGAUCAGGGCGAACGCGACCGACGGCGUCUUUUAUUUUGCCGACGACGAUAAUACCUACGAUAUAGCUCUUUUCAACGAGAUUCGCAAGACGAAACGUGUCUCCAUGUUCCCCGUGGGUUUGUGCACCAAGUUCGGCCUCAGCUCGCCAAUCAUCAAGAACGAGAAGUUCGUCGGGUUUUACGACGGCUGGAUAGCCGGCCGGAAGUUCCCGGUCGAUAUGGCAGGUUUCGCCGUUAGCGUCAAGUUCCUGCUUCAGAGGCCGAACGCGUCGAUGCCGUUCAAGGCCGGCUACGAGGAGGACGGUUUCUUGAAGAGUCUGGCGCCGUUCGAGCCGAAGGAGAUCGAGUUCCUCGCCGACAAUUGCACCAGGGUGCUCGCCUGGCACACGCAGACGAAGAAGAACGAACCGAGCGCGCCACUCGACAUGAAACUGUACGGUGAAACGAACCUCGUUAAAUUGAAGCAGCAAAUAGUAUGAUGUAGCCUGACUGACUGCGGCCGCGCUUUCAAGUUCAAUCUCUGAUUUUAAUCUCGUUACCAAGUACGACGAACAAAGUGAUUCAGUGCCUGAAGUAUUGUGAAGUACGAUCGGCGUGUAGCAAUGAUCAUUCUUCCCUCUUUUUCUCCUUGUCACGGACUUUUCGCUUACCCUCGAGAGAAGUCCUGUAGUUUGUUUGAAAUGGACCGGUUGCUUGCCUGCUUUUUCUUCUUAACACUAGAAUUAUCGACGGCUAUAAAGUAUAAAGGUUGAAGAAAUCAAAGAAAUUAGAGUGCAAGGAGUAGGGACAGGACUUUAUAGAACUUAUGAGUUGGUCAUUUUGACCACUUUGAUGGUUUUCUAGUGUUAAAAAUAAACUGUAGAAUGAGUGA